GUCAAGAUGACAUAACACAUUAGCUGUCAUCGCAAGUGGAAGGAGGAUCGCAAAACAGAAAUUAAAAUUCAAUCCCCACCACGAAGAUCAGCUUUCACCAUGGCGACCGCAAUGUUCGCGCGAGUGACUUUCUACCCGACUCUCCUGUACAAUGUCCUCAUGGAGAAGGUCACCAGCCGGCGCUGGUACGACAGGAUGGAUGAUACUGUGAUCCUGGGCGCUCUCCCCUUCCAAAGUAUGACAAAACAGUUAAAAGAAGAAGAAAAUAUUAAAGGAGUUGUUUCUAUGAACGAGACAUAUGAAUUGAAGAUAUUCUCAAAUGAUGCAGAGAAAUGGCGGGAACAAGGCGUCGAGUUUCUGCAGUUAGCAACUACAGAUAUAUUUGAAGCGCCAGACCAGGACAAACUGUUUGAGGGAGUCACGUUUAUCAACAGGUUCCUACCCCCGGACAGCAAGCUGGCGGGCGUGCCCACGCACAGCGCGCAGGUGAACGGCGGCAGCGUGUACGUGCACUGCAAGGCGGGACGCACGCGCAGCGCCACGCUCGUGGGCUGCUAUCUCAUGAUGAAAAACGGAUGGUCCCCUGAAGAAGCAGUGAAGUACAUGCGACACAGGCGGCCUCACAUCCUGCUGCACACCAAGCAGUGGGAGGCGCUAGACAUAUUCCAUAGACAACACGUCCAUAGACAUAACGUCAAUCGAACAUGAGAGUAGACACUGUAGUCAUAGACAAUUAGACAAACUUGAUUUGAGCGUUUUAACAAUGCCUUAUGAUAUUUUUAAAUGUGAUGUUAGGUGUCAUUAGGCUGUUUAAACUUGUUUUAACAUCAAAUUAAUUACAGUCAAUAAUAGACCUCACAGGAAAACUUACAUUUACAAUAUCGGUAUAAAACACAGUGCCGUAUAAGGCACUUUAGCCCAGUGCCACUAUGACCAGGGGCCCGGGUGAUUCUUCAGAAAAAAUUACAUCCAUUCAAGGUCGUCAUUAUCCUCACCAACUGGUUUACAUCACUGUGAUGCUAAAAUGUUUUAAUCCUUACGUCAUUUAGUAAUAGCCGUAGAACUUUACAAGUUUAGAUAAAUAUAAUAUUAAAUCAAGCAAUCUGCAUUAUGUAAAGUGUGGUGAGGAUAAUGAUGUUGUUAAUUUGUGUUACUUUUUUCCGGAGAAUCACCCCCAAAAAGCUCGAUAAAGUUUUCACUGAAUGCAAAUAACUUGAACCAAGGGGGCCCUCCUUUGUUGCCUCGAGAUAAUACAUGUAUAUUGAAUACGUUUCGCACCUCUACCUCAAAUCAAGAUUAGAAAAUAUUUAAAAUGUUAAACAUUCGUAUUUAGUUUACAAUAAUAAUGCAAAGUUAACCGAAAGUACAGUUUAGCACAAUUUACAAUAAUAAACAAACUAUUUUAUUGUUUUAUUAAAAUAUGUUACGUAGUUU